CCCACCUGUGCCCAGCAGUGCCCCCACCUGUGCCACUCUGCAGUGCCCCCACCUGUGCCACUCUGCAGUGCCACCUACCUGUGCCCAGCAGUGCCACCUACAUGUGCCCAGCAGUGCCACCCACCUGUGCCCACCCACCUGUGCCCACCAGCGCCACCCACCUGUGCCCACCAGUGCCACCCACCUGUGCCCACCCACCAGUGCUGUCCACCAGUGCCACCCACCAGUGCCACCCACCAGUGCUGCCAUCAGUGCCGCCAGUCAGUGCCCAGAAGUGAUGCCAGUCAGUGCCGUCUAUCAGUACCCAUCAUCAGUGUCACCUAUCAGUGCCGCCUAUCAGUGCUGCAUAUCAGUGCCGCCUAUCCGUGA